AUUCAACUUUAUUUUAUUGGGAGUACGAGAUCUCACUGUCAAUAGACAAUAAUCAUACAGUUUGUUAAAAAAAAAAAAUAUUUAGUUUCCUUUAAUUAAAACUACUAAUUAGACUUCAUAUAGACAUUUACUUUUUUUUAUUCUUAAAAUAAUAAUUUAUAAAAAAAAGAUAUCCACAAGAAUGGAGCGUUUCUUGGUGACGUUGCUGUUGCUGUCGUUGUCGUCAUCAACAUUAUUUGUAUCUGGAACAAAUCAUAGUUUGUCAAAUGACCAUGACCUCAAUGAAGAAUCAAUCACAGUACAUUUAAAAGCUUAUAAAGAAGAAGUACUUGGAUGCACAAUUCAAGUUGAAAAUGAAUCUGGAGAUUUUGUUUCUUUUCCACUGUAUGAUAAAAAUGAACCAAUUGCUGGUUAUGAUAUGUUCAAUUUUAUUGGUAAAGAAGAUAACAGUUGUUCGUUUAUUACUUAUCCAAAACAUAAAUUGUUCAAAAAGUUUAUCAACGAAUAUGUUGCAUUCAGAGGAAAAUGGAUAAUCGUUGAAAAAUAUUCAUGUGAUAAAUCAUUUUGGAAUAUUGUAACCUUGGUUUAUAAUUUAAAGAGAGAAGGUUGUUACAGAGAAUAUAAUAUUUUCUUUAAUCCCAGAAUAGAUGUUGAACGUAUGUCAAUGACUUGGACUGCGACAAAAAUUAUAAGAAAAGCUCCAUAUGAUAAUCGAACAUUGACCGUGUUUGUACAGUCAGAAGCACAACAGAUAUCCAUGUGUACAUUGACAAUAGGACCCCAGUCCUUUUUUAAUCUCUUUGAUGAUGAUGAUAUUAUCAUUUAUGAUAAAUCCACGUCAUAUUCAUCAUCAGCUGAAUCAGGAAUUGAAUAUAUUGGAUUCAAUGAUAAUAGUUGCUCUGUACGGAUUCAUCUUGAUGUUUUAAAUACAACAAAUAAAGAAAAUGAUAUUUUAAAUCAAGAUUGGAUGAUUUUUGCUAUACCUGAUGGUUUCGAGCAAGCAAAUUCAAAAUAUUCUUUUUAUAUGAACUCAAAAAAGUGGUGGAUCGAUAAUCAUUAUUCUAAAGUUUUUUUGAGAUACAAUUUUUUAACUUCAACCGAUGUACAUUAUUAUUAAUUUUGAAUGUCACAACUAUUUUUUAAGAAUAAUUAAAUAAACAAUUUAAUAAAUUUCAU